AUCAAGGCACGAAAAAAGGUGGCCAUAACUGUUCUGGUCUUCGUUGUGGUUUUCAGCGUGUGUUUGGCCCCGUGUCACGCCUUCCUGCUGUUUUUUUAUUUCCACCCUGAUGCUCAAGAUUUGUUCAACGACUUCUGGCACGCAUUAAGAAUAAUUGGUUUCUGUCUACUUUACAUCAACUCUUGUGCAAAUCCAGUGGCUCUGUAUUUUCUCAGCGGCGCCUUCAGAAAAUAUUUCAACAGGUAUUUGCUAUGCAUCAAACUAAAGCAACCCCGUUUCAGAUCAUACCGAACUCGACAAACUACGUCUAUAUCUCUAUUAUCAACGAAAACCAAUCAAUCUAUCAAUUAUGGUAAAGGAAAGACAACCACACCCACUUCCAAAUCACCACCAGUGGAUAUUCAAGAAGUUGUUACUUUGGUAGGAGAUGGUAGCAACAAAGAAAGCUGCAAAGAUUGAUGUUGUAUAAUGACAGCAUGGAAAUUAUUUAUUUGUUUGUUCGUUGUCAGUGACAGAAUGGUUGAUGUUUCAGAGGUAUUUGGGAUUGUUCAACACAGAUUGUUCAACCUGACUGUUUAAACAGAAAUCAAGUUGAGUAAUAGUCAACUUAAAAAUAUAAUUUUUGUGGAAAUGUUAUGCAAAAGCAAUAAUUAUUUUGCUUAAAUUUUCUGUACAGAUGGAGAUGAGUACUUAUGUGUGGAAGAUCAUAAUCAUGGUGUAUUUCAGAACUUUAGAACAAAUUUCAAUAACCCAAAUCGUAAUUUAAAAAUUUAGGCAUUCAUUACACUGCAAUGUAACACAGUAUGAUGGCUUUAUUUUUCGAAAAACCUCUCUCAACUCUAUCAAUCUUUUGUAUGCUAUUUUUCAAAGUGUCUUGAUAACAUCCAAUACGUCUUAAACAAUCUAUAAUAUUUUUUUCUUGUUCAAAACGUCAUGUCGAGUAAGAUAAUCUGCUUUUUCACAUAUGCUUUAAGGAGGCCCAUCAGAAAUUAUUCAAUACUCAGCAUCUGUAUAGAUAUUUCGCCCCUUUUAUUUGUUUUUUCAUUGAUUCCACAUAAAAUAAAAUACUAGCCACCUAUUUCAAUCAAGUUGUUGUUACUUAUGGUGUAUUUGGAACAAUUGUUAAUAAUUUGCUUGUUUCUUGAAUGCAGAAGAUUCAUUCAUUGUUUGCCUACCAAAUAAAUGGGUCGAAUUUGAAA